CCUAUUCUGGACUCUUCUGUGUAGUCAUAAAUCCUUACAAGAAUCUUCCCAUUUACUCUGAGAAUAUUAUUGAAAUGUACAGAGGGAAGAAACGUCACGAGAUGCCUCCACACAUCUAUGCCAUAUCUGAAUCUGCUUACAGAUGCAUGCUUCAAGAUCGUGAGGACCAGUCAAUUCUUUGCACGGGUGAAUCGGGCGCCGGGAAGACAGAAAAUACUAAGAAAGUCAUUCAGUACCUUGCUCAUGUCGCUUCUUCACACAAAGGACGAAAGGACCAUAAUAUUCCUGGGGAACUUGAACGGCAGCUUUUGCAAGCAAAUCCAAUCCUGGAAUCAUUUGGAAACGCAAAGACUGUGAAAAAUGAUAACUCAUCUCGUUUUGGCAAGUUUAUUCGGAUCAACUUUGACGUAACUGGCUAUAUCGUUGGGGCCAACAUUGAAACAUACCUUCUGGAAAAAUCUCGUGCUGUUCGUCAAGCAAAAGAUGAACGUACUUUUCAUAUCUUUUACCAAUUGUUAUCUGGAGCAGGAGAACAUCUGAAGUCUGAUUUGCUCCUUGAAGGAUUUAAUAACUACCGAUUUCUCUCCAAUGGCUAUAUUCCUAUUCCGGGACAGCAAGACAAAGAUAACUUUCAGGAGACAAUGGAAGCAAUGCAUAUAAUGGGCUUCUCCCACGAAGAGAUUCUGUCAAUGCUUAAAGUGGUAUCUUCAGUGCUACAGUUCGGAAAUAUUUCUUUCAAAAAGGAGCGAAACACUGAUCAAGCUUCCAUGCCGGAGAAUACAGUUGCCCAGAAGCUCUGCCAUCUCCUUGGCAUGAAUGUGAUGGAGUUCACUCGGGCUAUUCUCACGCCCCGGAUCAAGGUCGGCCGAGACUACGUGCAGAAAGCGCAGACCAAAGAACAAGCCGAUUUUGCAGUAGAAGCUUUGGCAAAAGCUACCUAUGAGCGGCUCUUCCGCUGGCUCGUGCACCGCAUCAAUAAAGCUCUGGAUAGGACCAAACGGCAAGGGGCAUCUUUCAUCGGAAUCCUGGAUAUCGCGGGAUUUGAGAUUUUUGAGCUGAACUCCUUCGAGCAGCUGUGCAUCAACUACACCAACGAGAAGCUGCAGCAGCUCUUCAACCACACCAUGUUCAUCCUGGAGCAGGAGGAGUACCAGCGCGAGGGCAUCGAGUGGAACUUCAUCGACUUCGGGCUGGACCUGCAGCCGUGCAUCGACCUCAUCGAGAGACCCGCUAACCCUCCUGGUGUGCUGGCCCUUUUGGAUGAAGAGUGCUGGUUCCCUAAAGCCACAGAUAAGACCUUUGUUGAAAAACUAGUUCAAGAGCAAGGGUCCCACUCCAAGUUUCAGAAACCUCGUCAACUGAAAGACAAAGCUGACUUUUGCAUUAUACAUUAUGCAGGGAAGGUGGACUAUAAGGCGGACGAGUGGCUGAUGAAGAAUAUGGACCCCCUGAAUGACAACGUGGCCACCCUCCUGCAUCAGUCCUCUGACAGAUUUGUGGCAGAGCUCUGGAAGGAUGUGGACCGGAUCGUGGGUCUGGAUCAAGUCACGGGGAUGACGGAGACAGCUUUUGGCUCUGCCUAUAAAACCAAGAAGGGCAUGUUUCGUACAGUCGGGCAGCUCUACAAAGAAUCCCUCACCAAGCUGAUGGCAACGCUGCGCAACACCAACCCUAACUUUGUGCGCUGCAUCAUUCCCAAUCACGAGAAGCGGGCUGGAAAACUGGACCCGCACCUAGUGCUGGAUCAGCUUCGCUGCAAUGGUGUCCUGGAAGGGAUCAGAAUCUGUCGCCAGGGAUUCCCCAACCGGAUUGUUUUCCAGGAGUUCAGACAGAGAUAUGAGAUCCUAACUCCAAAUGCUAUUCCUAAGGGUUUUAUGGAUGGCAAACAGGCUUGUGAGCGCAUGAUCCGGGCUUUAGAAUUGGACCCAAACUUGUACAGGAUUGGACAGAGCAAGAUAUUUUUCAGAGCUGGAGUUUUGGCACACUUAGAGGAAGAAAGAGAUUUAAAAAUUACCGAUAUCAUUAUCUUCUUUCAGGCUGUUUGCAGAGGUUAUUUAGCCAGAAAGGCCUUCGCCAAGAAGCAGCAGCAGCUGAGCGCCCUGAAGGUGCUGCAGCGCAACUGCGCCGCGUACCUGAAGCUGCGGCACUGGCAGUGGUGGCGCGUCUUCACCAAGGUGAAGCCGCUCCUACAAGUCACUCGCCAAGAGGAGGAGCUCCAGGCCAAAGACGAAGAGCUGCUGAAGGUGAAAGAGAAGCAGACGAAGGUGGAAGGGGAGCUGGAGGAGAUGGAGAGGAAGCACCAACAGCUGCUAGAAGAGAAGAAUAUCCUGGCAGAGCAACUACAAGCAGAGACUGAGCUCUUUGCUGAAGCAGAAGAGAUGAGGGCAAGACUUGCUGCUAAAAAGCAGGAAUUAGAAGAGAUUCUCCAUGACUUGGAGUCUAGGGUUGAAGAAGAAGAAGAAAGAAACCAAAUCCUCCAAAAUGAAAAGAAGAAAAUGCAAGCACAUAUUCAGGACCUGGAGGAGCAGCUGGACGAGGAGGAGGGGGCGCGCCAGAAACUGCAGCUGGAGAAGGUGACGGCAGAGGCCAAGAUCAAGAAGAUGGAAGAGGAGAUUCUGCUUCUCGAGGACCAAAAUUCCAAAUUUAUCAAAGAAAAGAAACUCAUGGAAGAUCGCAUUGCUGAGUGUUCCUCUCAGCUGGCUGAAGAGGAAGAAAAGGCAAAAAACCUGGCCAAGAUCAGGAAUAAGCAAGAAGUGAUGAUCUCAGAUUUAGAAGAGCGCUUAAAGAAGGAAGAGAAGACCCGCCAGGAACUGGAAAAGGCCAAAAGGAAACUGGACGGCGAGACCACGGACCUGCAGGACCAGAUCGCUGAGCUCCAGGCGCAGAUUGACGAGCUCAAGAUCCAGGUGGCCAAGAAGGAGGAGGAGCUGCAGGGCGCCCUGGCCAGGGGUGACGACGAGACGCUGCACAAGAACAACGCGCUUAAAGUCGUGCGUGAGCUGCAAGCCCAGCUUGCUGAGCUGCAGGAAGACUUUGAAUCCGAGAAGGCUUCGCGGAACAAGGCGGAAAAGCAGAAGAGGGACUUGAGUGAGGAGCUGGAAGCUCUGAAGACAGAGCUUGAGGACACGCUGGACACCACGGCAGCUCAGCAGGAACUGCGUACCAAACGUGAACAAGAAGUGGCAGAGCUGAAGAAGGCUCUUGAGGAGGAAACGAAGAACCACGAGGCUCAGAUCCAGGACAUGAGGCAGAGACACGCGACCGCCCUGGAGGAGCUUUCGGAACAGCUGGAGCAGGCGAAGAGGCUCAAGGCAAACCUGGAGAAGAACAGGCAGGGCCUGGAGACAGACAACAAGGAGCUGGCGUGCGAGGUGAAGGUGCUGCAGCAGGUCAAGGCCGAGUCUGAGCACAAGAGGAAGAAGCUGGACGCCCAGGUGCAGGAGCUCCACGCCAAGGUCUCGGAAGGGGACAGACUCAGGCUGGAACUGGCCGAGAAAGCGAAUAAGUUACAGAAUGAAUUGGAUAAUGUCUCAACUCUUCUAGAAGAAGCAGAGAAAAAGGGUAUUAAGUUUGCCAAGGACGCAGCUGGUCUUGAGUCUCAACUCCAGGACACACAGGAGCUUCUUCAGGAAGAGACACGCCAAAAACUGAACCUGAGCAGCCGGAUCCGGCAGCUGGAGGAGGAGAAGAACAGCCUUCAGGAGCAGCAAGAGGAGGAGGAGGAGGCCAGGAAGAACCUGGAAAAGCAGGUGUUGGCCCUGCAGGCCCAGUUGACAGAUACCAAGAAGAAAGUAGAUGACGACCUGGGGACAAUUGAAAGUUUGGAAGAAGCCAAGAAGAAGCUCCUUAAAGACGUGGAAGCACUGAGCCAGCGCCUGGAGGAGAAGGCCCUGGCCUACGACAAGCUGGAGAAGACCAAGAACCGCCUGCAGCAGGAGCUCGAUGACCUGCUGGUGGACCUGGACCACCAACGCCAGGUCGUCUCCAACUUGGAGAAGAAGCAGAAGAAGUUCGAUCAGCUGUUAGCAGAAGAGAAGAACAUCUCUGCCCGCUACGCGGAAGAGCGAGACCGGGCCGAAGCAGAGGCCAGGGAGAAGGAGACCAAAGCCCUGUCCCUGGCCCGCGCCCUCGAGGAGGCCCUGGAGGCCAAGGAAGAGUCUGAGCGGCAGAACAAGCAGCUGCGGGCAGACAUGGAGGACCUGAUGAGCUCCAAGGACGACGUGGGCAAGAACGUUCACGAACUUGAAAAAUCCAAACGGGCCCUAGAGCAGCAGGUGGAGGAGAUGAGGACCCAGCUGGAAGAGCUGGAAGAUGAGCUUCAGGCUACAGAAGACGCCAAGCUUCGCCUGGAGGUCAACAUGCAGGCCAUGAAGGCCCAGUUCGAGAGGGACUUGCAGACCAGAGAUGAGCAGAACGAGGAGAAGAAGCGGCUGCUCGUUAAACAGGUGCGGGAGCUGGAGGCUGAGCUGGAGGAUGAGCGGAAGCAGCGGGCCCUUGCUGUGGCUUCAAAGAAGAAAAUGGAAAUAGACCUGAAGGACCUGGAAGCUCAAAUCGAGGCUGCAAACAAAGCUAGGGAUGAAGUGAUCAAGCAGCUCCGCAAACUUCAGGCUCAGAUGAAGGACUACCAACGUGAAUUAGAAGAAGCUCGUGCAUCCCGGGAUGAGAUUUUUGCUCAGUCCAAAGAGAGUGAAAAGAAACUGAAGAGUCUGGAAGCAGAAAUCCUUCAACUGCAGGAGGAACUUGCCUCAUCUGAGCGAGCCCGCCGACACGCCGAGCAGGAGAGAGAUGAGCUGGCGGAUGAGAUCGCCAACAGCGCCUCUGGCAAGUCUGCGCUGCUGGAUGAGAAGCGGCGUCUGGAGGCACGGAUAGCGCAGCUGGAGGAGGAGCUCGAAGAGGAGCAGAGCAACAUGGAGCUGCUCAACGACCGCUUCCGCAAGACCACGCUGCAGGUGGACACGCUGAACGCAGAGCUGGCGGCCGAGCGCAGCGCCGCCCAGAAGAGCGACAACGCGCGCCAGCAGCUGGAGCGGCAGAACAAGGAGCUGAAGGCCAAGCUGCAGGAGCUGGAGGGCGCCGUCAAGUCCAAGUUCAAGGCCACCAUCUCGGCCCUGGAAGCCAAGAUUGGGCAGUUGGAGGAGCAGCUUGAGCAGGAGGCCAAGGAAAGAGCAGCCGCCAACAAGCUAGUCCGUCGUACCGAGAAGAAGCUGAAGGAAAUCUUCAUGCAGGUUGAGGAUGAACGCCGCCACGCCGAUCAGUAUAAAGAACAGAUGGAGAAGGCCAACGCCAGGAUGAAGCAGCUCAAACGGCAGCUGGAGGAAGCAGAGGAAGAAGCCACACGUGCCAACGCGUCUCGGCGCAAACUCCAGCGGGAACUGGAUGACGCCACCGAGGCCAACGAGGGCCUGAGCCGCGAGGUCAGCACGCUGAAGAACCGGCUGAGGCGAGGAGGCCCGAUCAGCUUCUCCGCCAGCCGAUCUGGCCGGCGCCAGCUGCACAUCGAGGGCGCUUCCCUGGAGCUGUCGGAUGACGACACAGAAAGUAAGACCAGUGACGUCAACGAGACGCAGCCGCCCCAGUCUGAGUAGAUCCGAGGAAGCCGGGGGAGGCGAUACCGAGGGACACGCAGGAAGUCACCCAGCGCCCCGGCCUCGGGACCCCCCCUGCAGAUCUGGGGGACUGGCGGACUGCACGACUCCUUCCUGAGAGAUCAACUGGGUCUUAAGGAC